UCCAUGGGGAGUGUAUAUAUAAAGGCAUGGACAUGUAGACACACUCAUUGGAACUCAUUUCUAAAUUGCUACGAGUGUUAGCUUUAACCUUCUUACUUUAUACUCCUUGCUCUUGCACAAACAAAGCAAGAACAACUAGCUUGUAUAUCAUCAUUUUCAGUAACACUAGCUAUGUCUACAAUUCCAAAGAGAGAGUUAGGUUCUUCUAAUGAAGAAAGUGAGCUGAGAAGAGGUCCUUGGACUCUUGAAGAAGACAGCUUACUCAUACACUAUAUUGCUCGUCAUGGUGAAGGUCGUUGGAAUAUGUUGGCCAAAAGUGCAGGAUUGAAGAGGACUGGAAAAAGCUGCAGACUCAGAUGGUUGAAUUACUUGAAACCUGACAUCAAGAGAGGGAAUCUUACUCCACAGGAGCAGCUGCUGAUCCUUGAACUCCAUUCCAAGUGGGGCAACAGGUGGUCAAAAAUUGCUCAGCAUCUGCCAGGAAGAACAGACAACGAGAUUAAGAAUUACUGGAGAACAAGGGUGCAGAAACAGGCACGCCAACUCAACAUUGAGUCUGGUAGCAAGAGAUUCAUUGAUGCUGUCAAGUGUUUUUGGAUGCCAAGGUUGCUUCAAAAGAUGGAACAGAACCCCUCUCCCAGCAUUCACCCAUCCAUGACAAACAUGAAUUUUGGGAAUUCUGUAGAAGCUUCAACCAGUUCAAUGUCAACCAGCUUCAAUGUUCCUUCUAUGUGUCCAUCAUCUCCUCCACAAAGGGAAUUCAUAGAUGCUGCAAGCCAUUUAAGCACUGUGUCCAGCCCCAGCAAUAAUCCUUCCUCAGAUUCCUUCCAAUUUUCACAGCUGCAAGAAAUUUCUCAAUCUCCAAUAUGUGCUCCCAAUGUGUUUGAGAGCAAUGGUUACAGCUAUCCAAACCAGGAGAGUAGCUAUGUUGAUAAUAAUAGCUAUGGAUUGGAAGGUCUAAACCUAGAUCCCCUGCCUACAAUGGAAAAUUAUGACAUUUCUCAGUUUGAUUUUCAGUCUGUGGGGAGUGGCUGGAUGUUAGAAAACAUGGCUGAAGCUUUAUGGAACAUGGAUGCUAUGUGAAUGUAGCAGUGCAGAGAUCAACCAUGUUCUGUCACAAAAUCAUGUCUUAAUUUCAUGUCUCACCAAUAAAAUCUUGUCAUAUCAAGUAAAUAAGACAUAGUGGGGCAUUUACAAAGUUACGAGUAGUAUUUAAAUGACGUGUCAAAAUUUUAUUGGUGGAACAAGGAAUGAAAUAUAGUUUGGUGACAAGAGAUUUACUUCCCACAAUAUAGACAUUAGAAGGGCAUGCAUCUUAAGUUCUUUUUACUAUGAGAUGGUGUAAUAGAGAAAAGAAAAUUAAGGAUUCUUAUGCUAUGCUGAUUCUUAGAAACAAAAGAGUUUCAUUUGUAGAGAUUAGUACCUAAGGUUAUGUGAUGGUCUACAAGAAAAGAAGAAAAAAAAAUUCUAAUGUUAUAUUAUUGGCUUAAAAGCAUUUCAUGCCCCUGAUGUAUCAAGUUUGUGUAA